AUGGAGGGAGAAAUUUUCUCAGAAAUUCGACUCCCGUGUGGACGUAAGGUGCAGAAUCGCCUAGUGAAGGUGGCCCUAUAUGAGCACCUUAGCCAUCUCUUGGGAGGACCUCCGAACGAGUAUCACUUUGCAUUAUACUCAACCUGGUCGAAAGCCAAUUGGGGAAUGAUAUUAACAGGCAACGUUCAAGUCUCGCGAACACAUCUGACGCUUGGCCGUGACAUGGUAGUCCCGUCAGUGCUGGACGAGAAAGGACUACAUCCAUACAGGAAAUUGGCGGAAGUGAUUCAUGAAGGUGACGGAACUCUCGCCAUAAUGCAACUGAGUCAUGCUGGCCGACAAUCCUGCAAUUUCCUCGGCGGACGAUACCCUUUUAUUCCUCCCCUAGCUCCCAGUGCUAUACCAGUCGCUUCGAGCACAACUGGGAUCGUCUCGUGGCUUUUUCAUCGGCUUCUAUUCCAAACCCCUCGCGCCAUGUCGUCGUCAGAUGUAGAAGGCGCGAUUUCGGAUUUUAUUCGUGGAGCAGAAUUGGCUAUCCUUUCAGGUUUCGACGGUGUUCAGCUACAUGUUGCACAUGGAUACUUGCUGGCCCAAUUCAUGUCCCCGAAAUCCAACAAGCGUACUGACACCUAUGCGUGCCAUUCGUUAGCUCUGCUGCAACGUAUUAUAUCGGGAAUACGGAAGAUGGCACCAAGUGGUUUCAUUCUCGGACUCAAGUUAAACACUAGUGAUUACAGUGUUAUCGGAGAGAAAUCAGUGCAAGAGGAGCGUGUUCUAGAACAUCUGCUUACUCUGGCCUCGUGGGGCACCAUCGACUUCAUCGAAAUCAGUGGGGGAGACUACGAUAAUCCAGAAUUCAUGCAAAGCGCUUCGACGUCUCCAAGGCAGGUUUUCUUCGCCAACUUCUCCUCAAAAGCUGUACGGGCGUUAUCGUCCGCCCAGAUUCCCUCCUCCCCGCUCAUUCUUCUGACCGGCGGGUUACGUUCCCCCGGCCAGCUGCUCACUGCGCUAUCGUCGAAACACGCUCAUUUGCUGGGGGUGGGGAGGGCCUCCAUUUUGUGUCCAGAUCUCCCUCUAGUCCUCAGGUACCGGCUGGCGAGCGAUACAGGUGAAGAGAGCUAUUUUCCAUUUAAACCUGAGCCUGAUCUACGGUUGCGAUUUAAUGAUCGACGUCUAUGGUCUUGGCUCUGGAUCCUGAUCCCCAAAAUCAACCUGGUCGGUGCCGGACUAGCGAUGGCAUGGUAUGGAAUGGUGAUCCGUGGCUUGGCUAGUCGUAAACCAGGUUCGACCCAAACUAAACCUCGAAAAGAUCAUUACUCGGUUGGAGGGCUCGAAGCAAUCCUUAGAAUGUGGAUAUGGCCCAGAGCACCUGAAUUGUUAUCGAUUCGAUUGGAAGCUACCGUCAUUAUCGUUAUACUCGGGUUGAUUUCUUGGGUGUUUUCAGCGCUUCGGCGGUGA